AUAGUUAAAUUAUGCCUUAAGCUUUUCUAAACUAUUUUUUGCUAAGAAAAUAAAAACUAAAAUAAAAAAUUUCAAGUUUCAAAUGGAAUCAUCAAAUUUUAUUCCAUCCACACACUUGCUGAUAGAAGAAAAGCCAGAUUUAUCCGAAAAAUCUCUUCAGUUGAAAGCAGAAAAACCUAAACCAACAUUCAAAUGCCUCGUUUGCGAUAAAUCUUAUAGUAAAAAAACAUCAUUGUUUACACACCACAAAAGUCAUCCUGAGCACUGUGUACACUGUGGAGAAAAUCGAGGCUCAUCUGUGAAAAGUAUUUACGAGCACAAUUUAAAGCACGUUAACAUAAGGCCUUUCGUAUGCAAAAUUUGUGGCGAUAGCUUUUUACGUAAUCAGCAAUUCGUUGAACAUGAAAAAUCUCAUGAUAAGCCACCUGAAGAGCCUGUUGCUAAGGAAAGCAAAUAUAAAUGUAAAACCUGUCAGUCUUGUUACAACAACUGGAAAUUAUUUUAUAAGCAUCAGCAGGAAUCUGAACAUUUUAAUGAGAAGUUUUUAUGCGAAAUAUGUGGAUCUGAGUUCUAUUCCAAUUUCCUAUUGUCACAGCACAUUCGACGAUUGCAUAAAAGGAGCGAUGAAACAUUUUCAUGUUCAUUUUGCUCGAAAGUAUUUGCAACAAAAUCCAACCUGGAUUCACAUAUCAAAAAAAUCCACCAAAAUGAUAGCAAAAAGCAUGUUUGUGAAACAUGUUGCAACACAUUUUCUAGCGCACCGAAUCUCAAACAACACAUUAAAACAGUGCAUGAAGCUGAGAAAGAGUACGAGUGCCAAGCAUGUAAAAAGCCUUUCAAAGCUAAAAAUCGUUUGACCCGCCAUGAAAAAGAAGUUCACAUGGGAAAAAAUGGAAAUUCCGAAGAAAAUCGAAUAUUUAAUUGUGACCAUUGUCAAAAAAAAUAUAAGCGUUCCUGGCAUCAAACUCGUCACAGUCAAAUGAAACAUGAAAAUUUCAACUCAAGCACAGCAGCAACGACUUUAGCUGGUGCAACUCCAGCACCACACAAUAAUGAAAAUAUGUCUGGAAAUUCGUCAAGAAGCAACUAUGAUUAUCAGCAUUUACAGCAGGAUUCAGAUUUACAAAUAAUUUCCGGACAACAACCAUACUCAAAUAUCGCUGACACAGUUGUUCAAACAUGUGUAAACAACUGGUCACCACAUAUUGAUCAGAGUCACCAUUCACAACACCAGCAAUCUCAACAAGAACAUUUAGUUAAUUCAAUUAUAAAUGAAAAUUUGAAUACAAAAGGUUAUAGCACACCAAUAAUGCCUCAACAACAAAUAAAUGGAGGAAGAGAUAGUGACGAAUAUGCCAAUUACGCUGUGAAUGAGCAAUAUUCCAAUAAAUUCGAGCAAGUUCAAAUGCUCACAUCUGUUGCUGCACCAACUCCUAGUGACAGCAUCAAUCAAAGUUCGUAUGACUCUUGGAGUUCACAAUCUGUCGCAUCCUGGGAUUAUACUAAUAAUCAUCACAACAUUCAGCCGCAACCUACUUACUAUAAUUCUCAAAUACAACAAAAUGAAUGGUAUUACGAUCCAAAUUUUCAUCAACAUCACCAUGGAGUGUAUGACACGUGUAAUGAUAUGUACAAUAACUAUAAAACUGAAUAUUGCCUUAAUCAACCAACAGCACCAAUUCUACAUUCAGCUGAAACUUCCAUAUAUAAUAAUAACAAUAGUAAUAACAAUAAUAAUGUUAACAGCAAUAACAAUGGAAUUCAUUACUACUAUCACCAUGAAAACGCGUCUUCUGAUCAGCAUCUUCAGAAUCCUCAGUCCAAUUAUCCACGUUCUAACUAUCAACAAAACUUUAAUUAAUAAUUUCAUGUGAAAAUUGAUCAGGAAAAUACUUUUAUCUUAUUCGAAGUUCUCUUUAUUAUUUUGCUUAAAAUCAAAAACUAACAGAAAAUUAAAUCAUUGAAAUAUAUAUAUAAUUAUUUAAUUCAAGAUAACAGGUGUUAACAAGAAUAUCCUUUCCAGAUAUUUAUCCACCACAGAACUUUCCAUCUGAAAUCACUCUCGUUUGUCUCUCCUUGUUAUACAAUAACGUAUUCGUCAAUAUUCUUCUUGGGGCUCCAAGAUUUGUAUGAACAUUACUUAAAUUUACAGAUUUUGUACUACUAUUUGAUGAUAAUGAUUUUGAGUCAUUGUGCAGCUCUACCAAUAGUUGCUGUUCAUUUCCUGUUGUUGAGGUGUUGCUUUCAAAAGUACUCUGAGAAUUACUGUCUCUGGGAAUUCUAGAGUCUGAAUGUUGUCGAACAUCACUACUCAACGAUGAGCUUGAAGAUAUGUUUGAUUCUUUUUGUGCUGCUUUUAGCGCUUUUUUUGCAGCAAAUUCUUCGAUCAUUUCUUUCGCUUUUCUUUUUACUAAUAUUCGUAUUUGUCUUUUCCUUUCUUUCAAAUUUGAUUGAUUUGAACCAGUACUUAGUGAGGUAGACAAAUUCGAUGUAUUAAGUGUUUUAAUUGAAUCAUUUGAGCCCACUACUGACUGUGAACUAGAAGGUGAGUUUAAAGGACGCAUUACGUGUUGUUAAUAUGCGUCAAUUUCUUCUAUAAUUGAUAUUAUUCUCCAAAUGGUAACUCUUUUAUUUAAUGUUUCAACAUGAGAAAAAAAAC